AUGUUACGCAAGCCUUGCAGGUCCCAGGUUCGCCAGACGCUUCGGUUCCAAUGUCCCCAACGAUCUGGGCUUGGAUUCAACAGCCGAAAAAGAAGAAAGACUCCCUCACGUCCCCGACCUCGUUCCUAUUUCUCCGUUCUUUCCAUUCACUCCAUUCUCCAUCCUACUCUUCUUCUCAUCUUGUCCCUCGUCUUUCUCCACCUCAUUGUCCUGGCAUACAUCUUUCUACUAUCUAAUUCUUCACACCACCCCAUCAUUCCCACCUCCUUCUUUGACUUGUUAAAACGAAUUGAAUUGAUUUGA